AUGUCCAGUGCUCGCGUACUCCGCCGCGCGUUGCGCUCUCGUUUCGCGUCCACCUCCUCGGAAUCUUCUCCUUUCUUCUCGUCCUCUUCCUCGUCCUCCUCCGCGGCGGCGCACGUGGAGCCAGCGGUUCCUUCUUCUUCUUCUUCUUCUUCUUCUUCCCGGGGUGAAAACAGAUACGAUGCGUCGUCGCUCAAAAGCGACAUCAUCAACCACAUCGGCCAACCGACGUUCCAAACGCACCCGCACUUGUUCAGUGGGGAUGAUGACUUAACCCCUGGAAUCUCGAAAAGUGAAUACGCGUCCAGACGAACCAGGUUAGGGAAACUUUUACCGGAAAAUGCCGUCGCGAUUUUACUCAGCGGAGACGUCUCCUAUUACCCGAACACAGUCAUACCGCACGCGAGUUAUCGACAGGAUUCCGAUUUUAUGUAUUUUACCGGGAUGAUGCAACCACACUCGGCGGCGAUGAUUAUAAAAGACAGAGAAGACGCACCGUUGAGAUACGUUUUGUUUACGAGACGGUACGAUAAACGAGAUGAGAUUUGGAACGGUUGGAGAGCGCACCCGGAGGUGGCGGAGACGUUUUUCGGGUGCGACGAAUCGGUCGCGAUUGAAAGCAUGGAAGAAUACUUGAGGAAAGUUUUGAAGUCGUCGUCGUCGUCGUCUUCAUCGUUUUUAAGUGGUGGUUUAUCAACAGCGAGAAAGGUUUUUAUGGAUAAAGAGCGGUUUGCGACGACUGCGCAUGGGAAUCAAGUGUUGAAAGUAGUCACCGACGGCGCGUUCCCUACGCAAGCGUUGAAAGCAAAAUCGCAAGCGUUGAGGUGGAGAAAAUCGGAGAGCGAGUUGAUAUUGUUGCAAAAAUCGGCGAGCGCAAAUUUAGAAGGUAUAGUAGCGGCCAUGAGAAGGUCGAGAACGAACGAGGUGGUCACGGAGAGGGAUUUAAUGAACGUGCACGAGUAUACGGUCAAAUCGCUCGGCGCCGAUCGAUUGGCGUUUCCAACCGUCAUGGGGGCUUCAAAUCGUGCAACUAUUGUCCACUACUACCAAAACGAUAGAAUUGUUCACCCGAACGAUUUGUGUUUGAUGGAUGCGGGGUGUGAAAUGAACGGUUACGUCUCGGAUAUCACGAGAGUGUGGGCGGGAGGCUCGGAAACGGCUUCGUUCGUCAACGACUACCAAAAAGCAGUGUACGAUCGUGUGUGCGACGUGAGAGCUGCGGUACUCGCGAAAUUAGAGCGCGAUAUUCGCUCACAAACACCGGUUUCGUUACACGAUUUACACGUUGCAUGCGUAGAUGCGACGUGCGAUGUCCUCGUCGACUUGCUCCCGUCUCAAAGCGGCGGCGAGUCCAUCACCAAAAACUCGCUCCUCUCCAAAGGCAAAUACGCCCAAUACUUCCCCCACGCCGUCUCCCAUUGGCUCGGCAUGGACACUCACGACACGCCUUUAAUCCCAGGCUCCACUUCCAUCGAAAAAGGCGUCUGUUUCUCCGUCGAACCGGGGUUAUAUUUCGACCCAAACGAUACGACUUUACCGAAAAGUCUCCGCGGCGUCGGCGCGAGAGUCGAGGACGAGGUGUGCCUGAAUGUACGAGGCGAAGUGGACGUUUUGAGUCGAGCCGUGCCCGUAGACAGAGAAGAGUUGGACGCGUUUAUUACGAGCAACAGUAGUACAUCUGCUGCUACUACUACGACGACGACGACGAGUCAAAAAUAG